CCGGUUUAACCAGUUCUCGAGAUGUCCCAGCAAAUGCCCCCAGCCAACCGUAUGACCUUGCAGACUUUCAAGGCCAAGGGUGUCGGCGCCAAGAAGGGCCAUAGUCUUCUCAAGAAGAAGCGUGAUGCCCUUAAGAGCAGAUUCUCGCAGAUGCUCAAGGAAAUCGUCGAUACUAAGAAAGCUGUUGGCGAGAACAUGGCUGAUUGCUCCUUCUCUAUUGCUAAGGCUAGAUGGGCCGGCGACAGUGAUUUCGUCCAGACUGUUAUUCAGCGAGUCAAGAAACCUAGUGUCACUCUGAAGGUUUCAGCUGAGAACGUUGCCGGUGUCUUCCUUCCCAAGUUCGAUCUUCAGAGGGAUACGACGUUGGACGGCCCCAUGAUGAGCCUUGGUGCUGGACAGGGUGGCCAAGUGAUUCAAACCUGCAGACUGCAACAUGCCAAGGUCCUUGAGCUCCUCGUCAGGAUGGCCUCCUUGCAGACAUCUUUCAUUACUCUAGAUGAGGAAAUCAAGAUGACUUCACGUCGUGUGAACGCUCUCGAAUAUGUGGUGAUUCCUCGUAUGGAGACAAUUAUUCACUUCAUCGAGCAAGCUAUGGACGAGCAAGAGCGUGAGGAGUUCUUCAGAGUGAAGAAGAUUGUCGAGAAGAAGAAGGAGAAGCAGGCUAAGGAGGCCGCCGACCGUGCCGCCGAGGGCGGAGAAGCCGGUGUUCUUGCUAUGGCCGUGGGCAACGAGGACCAGGUCGGCACCGCCUUCGAUGACGUGAAGAAGGAUGCGGAACUGGUGUUCUAAGAGCAUCGGUGUAGCUGUCUAAUAUCUUCGUUGGCUCAGUGGCUUGUUCCCCAUAGUGGUCGGAAUUUCUUCAUAGUCUGUCGCAUUUCUUGUGACUAUUUAUCCCCUUCAACCAGACUGUUCAACUGAUUGUGUGUGGCUGAUGCCAUCGCA